AUGGUAAAUAGUAGUAAAUUAUAAUUUAAUUUACCUUCAGAGUAAAAGAUUAAUAAGGAUGAUAUACAUCAUUAACCUCAGUUUAAUGAAUUAAAUGGAAAGGAAGAGAAAAUUAAUUUUAACUUUAAUCACCUAGCCAAUAGGUAAGCUAAAAUUAAUAAAGAUACAAGAGAUAUUUAAGUUGCUUUGAUUAAGUAUUAGAUAGUGAUUAUUUCUUAAAUGGAUUCAAAUCACAAAAGCACUUAAAAUAAACUGUUAUUAUAUCUAAGUCUUUUUUAGAUGAAGAUGAGGAAUAACAAAUAAAAUAAUUGGAAAACCUAGAAAAAGAAAUACCAUAAAUAAUUAAGGCAUCAAUAUUAAAACAAGAAAUUUGGAGAGGUUAUAAGACAACAUAUGUAUUAUGAUAUUAUAAGAAGUUUCUUGUGA